CAUGAGUUUAAUGUGUUGUAACUUAUAUAUUACUUGUCACAAUAUAGUGGAGCAUGUAUAUUUUUAUAAUUUGUAACGCAUUGUGCAAUGGUUAACUUGUAUGUCGUUUGGUGGCCCUUCAGGUGUGAACUUCUUACCAAUACAUAUUAUGAACUGACCCCCCGUUAGAUUUUUGUUGGUGUUGAUGUCCAUGAGUACUAGGAUAUUAGUGUUUUUGUUGGUGUUGAUGUCCAUGAGUACUAGGAUAUUAGUGAUGUGAAGAGGGAGCUUGAGAAAAGAUUAACCCUUACAUGGAUGGAGCCAUUUUCAAACAUAUACAUAUUUGAUCUGACAAUGGAGAAAGAUUAACCCUUACUGAAGGGUUAAUCAUCAACUCCAACAAGAUGCUGUUAGAGAUAGAGUUCAAAACCAAGGGUUACUCUAGUAUAUUCUGAAUCAUCUACACUACGUAAAGGUUCAAGUCGCAAGAACACUUAUGCUUAUGCACAGUGUUGUAUAGACUGAAAUUGGGAGUAGAUGGAUUUAUUUUUGGGGAAGCUCUAAGUGGUACUUUGUUCGAGGGGAGGAUGGUUAGGAAUGCAAACGAAGUCCCACAUUGGUUAGAAAGAUAGUGAUCAUGGGUGUAUAAGUGAAGAUAAUUAUCGUUUGUAUGAGAUUUUUUUAGUGGUUCCAAAAACAAAGUCAUGAGAGCUUAUGUCCAAAGUGAACAAUAUCAUACCAUUGUGGAGAUAAGUAGAGGUUUUGUUGUUCUUAUGAGGUAAAGGUUUUGUUGUAUUGUAACUAAAUCUUACUUGAGAAUUUGAUUUUUGAUAGUCUCUAUCUAACCUUUUCAUAAUUUUAGUUUCAUCAGCAAUUUUCUUUAUUCCCAUAACUUUUUAUUUCUUUCAUAGAUGUGCUAUUUUUUGGAACUUUUAUUAUCAUAGAUACCUUGCCCUCCUCCUAGUUUAUGCUUUUCUCAUGUGUGAGGAAACUUCUGUAAUAUCUCCCUAGUAGCUGAAAUAUGCUGCUCCAAUUUUGUUCAUUCAAUUUUUUGGCAUCUACUUUUUGGUGGUAGAGCUGGGUUAUUUCUCUAACCACCAACCUGAUAGGAAUGGUCUUAGGGUGGUUAGGAAUAUUAUUAAGGUAUUAAAGUAGUAUUAGUAAUUAGCUAAAAGGUUCAUUAGCAAGGAGUUGGAUGUAAAUAGAGUGAUGGGAGGAGGGGAGGAAAGCCGGGAUUUAUACACUGGCGUUAAGUUUGAGUCGGAAUACUCAAGAGGGGAGUUAUUGUCUUCUUAUACUUUUCAUCUUUCAACACUAUUUUAGCUAUCUGGUUUCUAUCACAAUCUUUCCAAGAGGCUGCAAAAAUUUUCUUUUCGUAUUUUUACUACCCCUCACUACAUUUUAAAGAACUUCCAGAUGUUGUGCAUAAAGGAUCUCCAGCGUUUUGUACAUAAGAAUUUCUGUGUGUUGGUGUUAUAUGGCUCUGCAUCAUUUUCAGGUCUGAACUAAGAUCCUAUAAUACCUGCAAACUUUAGUGCAGUACCCAAAUACAUUUCGAAUUCUUUUUUGGUACAAGAGGCCGUAGUUUACUUUGGGUUCACAAAACAUGACAGAAAUAUUCAGUUACACAGCAUGCAGACAUUUGUCUCAAAUGAUGUUUGCAAUCAUCUUCUUCCACAGUUCUGAAUAUAUUUUAGCAGUUGGAAUUCAUGGGAGGUCGAAUGUUACUCUAACGUCCCUUCUGAUUAGCAAAAACUAUCUGUUGGCAAUGAUCUUAUCUUUCUUAGAGUACUUUCUUGAAAUCAUUUUGUGUCCCAGUCUGAAGGAAUACUGGUGGGUUAGUCAGACAGGCCUCGCAAUGGUUGUAGUUGGAGAAAUCAUCCGUAAACUGGCUAUCAUAACUGCAGGUCGGUGUUUUACUCAUCGGAUUAAGAUCUAUCAUGAGGACCAUCACAAGCUAGUUACUCAUGGAGUCUAUAGUUUUGUUCGUCAUCCUGGAUACAGUGGUUUCCUCGUGUGGGCAGUUGGCACUCAAAUCAUGCUCUGUAAUCCCUUUUCAACCAUUGCAUUUGCUGUUGUAGUUUGGCACUUCUUUGCCGAACGGAUUCCAUAUGAAGAGUACUUCUUGAGACAGUUUUUUGGUCAUGAGUAUGAGGAGUAUGCGAAUCAAGUGCCUUCUGGAGUGCCAUUUGUGAAGUGAAGUUGGACUAAUGAUUCAGAUUCUUCGUCAACAGAUGUCAUGAUUCUGCUCUUGAGGUAUUUGUAAUAACUUAGUGGGAGUAGUUAUUGUGUUGUAUAUUAAGGCUUCUGAUUGAUGACUUUUGGGAUUGCAUUUAUGGUCAAACCUUUGGAUCUACUUGUAACAUUUUUGUCCAUUAUGAAGGAAAUAUAUAUGAUUAAAACUGAAAAAA